AUGCCAGCGGUGGCUGCAACUAUUCAUCUAGUUGUGGCAAAUUUUGGCACAUCCCCAACACUUGAGAGAUCAAGAAAGCAAAGGCGUGCCAACCUUCAAAAUGCAUUGAGAGUUUUGGACCUUGUACCAUCCAAGCACCAUCAUGACCAAGAGGAAGUUCCGUCGCAUCACCGCCUUAUCAAUGGCUGUAUGGGUGACAUCUUGGGAGUACAAUCAAAACUGCAUGCUAUGCGUAAGGGUAAAGAGAGCUUUGCUAAUUCAAGCUCAAAUCAAGCACAGCCUGAACGCAGUAACAUUGUCUCAAAUAAUACCUCAGUUUGCCCCUCCAUAACUAGACUCACAAAGGAGGGCAUGUUUAUGCAAAUUGUGGAGUUGCAUAGGAGGGGACAAAUCAGUUCAGAUGCAUCUAUUUUGGCAUCUGCACUGAGUUACUGUGCUGAUAGGAAAACUCUUACCGCAGGUGUACAGUUCCAUGCUCUACUAGUGAAAGUAGGAUAUGUCUCAUCUAUCCCCAUUGGCAGCUCGCUGAUCAGUUUUUAUUCAAGAUGCAGCCAAUUGGAAAUUGCUCAUCGGGUUUUCCAAAAUAUGACAGCAAAAAAUACUGUGACAUGGACAGCAUUAAUUUCUGGCUAUGCCCAGGAUAAUCAGGUCGAACCAUGUCUCCAUUUAUUUGCACUGAUGAGGCGGUCUGUGUGCAAGCUAAAUGACAUCACAUUUACAACUAUCUUCAGUAUCUGCACUAAUCAUGCAUUUCUUGUACUUGGUAAAAGUGUGCAAGCCCUACAGAUGAGAAUGGGUUUUGAUUCGUAUGUGCAUGUGUCCAAUGCACUAAUAUCAAUGUAUGCAAAGUGCGGGAGUAUUGGUGAAGCACGAGCUGUAUUUGAGAGCAUUACAUGCAAAGACCUCGUCUCUUGGAACUCCUUGAUCUUUGGAUAUUCACAGCAUGGCCUUGCUGAGCAUUGCCUAGGCUUGCUUAAAGAAAUGGAAGGGCACAUAAUACCGGAUGCGAUCUCCUUCCUUGGCGUGCUCUCAUCAUGCCGGCAUGCAUGCCUUGUGGCGGAGGGCCGACGCUGCUUCAGGGCAAUGAUUGAAAUGGAGUAG